UCAUGUCUUGUUUUCUGGGAAUUUCACGUUGAGGAAUACAUAAUUAAAGAACCAAACAUGGGGACGAUCACAGCAUCUUUGGAAAGGUCUUUACGAAACUGUACUCUGAACCAUGAAAAUGGCGCUGAAGCAGAAGAAGAAAAAGAAGACGGUUAUAAUAUCAAGGUCCCAGACGGUGCCGUUUUCAACACUGGCUUCGAGGAGCUCAACUCCCAUGUCUCCCUCCCUUACUACUGGGAACAACAAGGCCUUGAUGUGAAGACGGCGGAGUUUUACUAUAAAAAACGGAGGGACGGGGCGGAACCGACUGAGGAUCCAAUGACGGAAGCGGCAGCCGAAAACGGCAGAGAUUUAUCUUCCUCCGAAGAAGACGACGGCGAUAUCUGGUAUGACAGUGAAGACUACUUAUCAUAUUCAUCGGAAUUAUCUCCUUCAAGGGAUUACAACGAUAACAAUAACGACCAGCCCCGUGGGGUACUCGAGAAAGAAAACGACAACGUAUUGGUGGUGGCUGGUUGCAGGAGCUGCUAUAUGUAUUUCAUGGUCCCCAAGAAAGUUGAAGAUUGUCCCAAAUGUAACGGUCAUCUUCUUCGUUUCGAUCGAUCCCCGAGUAGUUCACCAUCGUCAACAUGAUCCGGAUUUGUGAAACUUUUUAGGGUCUUCAAAUAUUUCUAAAGUUUUUUUUUACAGGUUUGAAUAAUGAGUUACUUAGAGAGAUGAAUAUUGGUGCUUAGCGUUUGUUUGGGGCGCCAUUGAAGUCCA